AACACCACCACCAACUCCCAAGAAUUUCCCAAACGCCUCACAAUGCCCAAAGAAAAGUCAAUCAAUCCUGCGCAAGCCCAGCGCAAAGCCGAGAAAGCAAAGGCGAUCAAGAAGGGAAAAGCCGAAGCCGCAUCACGACGCAACGAAAAGCUCGCACGUCGAAACCCAGACCGUCUUCAGAAGCAACUCGACGAACUAAAAGCUAUACAGACCAGCGGCGGCACUCUUACCUCGCACGAGAAAACAGUCCUCGAAGGGUUAGAGCGAGAUCUGAAAGCCGUUCGUAAGGCGAGAGAAUCGUUAGGGGAUGCUGCACCUAAAUUUGGUUCUGGGGAGAGGAGAGAUGGCGGGAAUAGAGGGGGCAGAGAAGGGAGAGGUGGUGGGGUUUUAGGGAAGAGGAGGAGGGAUGAUGAGAGUAGUAGCGGGGAGGACGUGCCGGAAGACGUGAAGUGGAUACCGAUGCCUAGGGAUACGCCACCACCGAUUCCGAAGGAGGUGCUGGAUAAGUGGUAUCAGAAGAGAAGGGAGAGGAUGGCGCGGGAUAAUGCUGGGAGGGGCACGAAUGCGAAUAUGAUGCCUCUGGGUGAUAAUGAGAGGAGGGUGGGUUAUGCGGAUGGGGCACCAGAGAAGGCUGCGGCGCCGAAGGUGGAGGCGCAGACCGUUUAUGAGGCGAAGCCGGUGAUUAGGGAUUUGAGGAAAGAGGCUGUGAGCUUUGUACCUGCUGCUGUGAGAGCUAAGCUAGACAAGUCGAAGGGCGUGGGAGGCUUAGUGGAACCAGAGGAAAUGGACAAUUUAGAGAAAGCGGGAUAUAUGGGAGCAUCCAAGAAGAGCGGAAAUGUUGAGGCUGAUGAAGGUGAUGAGGCAUACCCAGCGCAGCGUGGGCCACGAGCAGCGAUGGUGGAAGAAAUAGAGGAUGAGGAUGGUUAGAGUGUAUAACUACAAAAUUGAUACCCCGUUGAGCAAACGCCUGG